UUCGGAGCCAGGCGAUUUUUCCCCACGUUUCCGCCAUUCCCCCUGGAACUCACGUUGUAAAGAGCAAGCGCCGCCGGAAGUAGCAGCAUGCUGAUUCCAUUCUCUAUGAAGAACUGCUUCCAGUCACUUUACAUCCUCAAGAUCCCAACAGCUGGCUUCAAAAACAUAGCAAAAGGUGGGCUUAUUUUACAAUCAGCCUCUAACAAUAUUUACCAAAAUCUGGCAGUAGAAGACUGGAUCCAUGACCAUAUGAACUUAGAAAGCAAGCCUAUUCUUUUCCUUUGGAGAAACUCCCCUACUGUUGUCAUUGGCAGGCAUCAGAAUCCCUGGCAGGAAUGUAAUCUAAAUAUAAUGAGAGAAAAGGGCAUAAAAUUGGCUCGGAGAAGAAGUGGAGGAGGAACAGUGUACCACGAUAUGGGUAAUAUCAACUUGACUUUCUUCACAAUUAAGUCAAAGUACAAUAGGAUGGAAAAUCUGAAAUUGAUUAUUAGGGUUCUGAAUGCUGUCCAACCACACCUGGAUGUACAAGCUACUGACAGAUUAGACCUCUUACUAGAAGGACAGUUUAAAAUCUCAGGAACAGCAUCUAAGAUUGGACGGGUUGCUGCCUAUCACCAUUGCACAUUACUGUGUAAUACAGAUUGGAUUUCUUUAUCUUCUGUGUUGAAGAGUCCUUACCAGGGAAUUAAGAGUAAUGCUACUCCUAGUGUACCUUCGUUGGUGAAAAAUAUUUUGGAAAAUGAUGACACUUUAACUUGUGAGGUUUUGAUGAAAUCUGUUGCUGCAGAGUAUGCUGCUUAUCAUAAGAUUGAUAACAACAUUAUCUUGAUAAGUCCGACAGAUGAGACAGUGUUCCCAGGGAUAAAUAGAAAAGUGGAAGAACUGCAAACUUGGGAAUGGAUAUAUGGCAAAACACCAAAGUUUAGUAUAAAAACUUCUUUUAAUUUAAGUGAACAAUCAUAUUCUGAAAUAAAAGUAUAUGUAGAUAUAAAAAAUGGAAGAAUUGAAGACUGUAAAAUUGAUGCACCUGAUCACUGGUUACCACUGGAAAUGCUUGACAAACUAAGCACAAGCUUUAUUGGCAAUAAAUUUUGUCAAAGUGAAACCUCAGUGUUAAUAAAUGCAUUGCUUAGGACAUGUCCAAAAGACUAUGAACUAAACACCAAAUGGCAUCUUCUUUGUCAAAAAGUUAAGUCAAUAAUGUGAAGAAUCUCUUUCUAAUGAUGACAACUUUUAGUAAAAUAAAAUUUAAUAUAUAUUUUCUUACAUAUCUCUUAAAAUUCCAUUUUUGAACCGAAAGAGAUGAAUCAGAAUUAGUUAAGUACAAAUUUUAGUUUGUUAGUUCCUCUCUGCUUUGUUUACUUAAGACUGUACCCUUUAAGGCAAAUAAGAGCUAUUCUGGGUAACAUUUUAAA